ACAAGUUGACCUUGUCAUCCGCCACGAUACUCUCCCCUCGAGAAGGCCAACUUUCUUUGGCUUGUCGGGAUAUCAUAACUCGAGAACCGGCACAGCGAAUUUUAAAAGGGGUCAACAGAGUCGCCAGCCAUGAGUUAUCAUCAGCGGAACGAGGAUUCGCAGCCGGGGCUCGAGCUCGCGCAUUCAGAUGACCCGGAGGUCUAUUACUAUACGCCAGAUAAACCAGACAGUACUCCGAUUCCGGUGGAGAACCCGCUCGUCCUCCCGCCACCAUUCAAGCCUGAGGGUGGCCAGUAUUACGUUCCACCUGUCGAUGCGGCACCAGGAGGAGGGGAACCCGCGGCGGAGGCGAAGGGACGGUCAAGGAGAAAACUAUGGAUCAUCCUUGGGGUUAUCAUUGCCAUCAUCGUGAUAAUAGCCGCAGUCGUCGGGGGGGUAGUCGGGAGCAGAGCGGCGUCAAAUUCAUCGAGCGCCCCGUUGACCGAAGCCCAGGGGUCGAAUCAGUCACCUUCGAAUCAAUCACCAUCGCCAUCGACGGAAUCGACGUCACCGACGACAUCAGCGUCGCCAACCAGCUCCCUAAGCGCCACAGUAAAUACGACCGCGGUGCGGCCGAGGACGAAACUGUCGAUAACGGGGCGACGGAUAGCCGGGAGUGGGUUCAUGUCGCGUCUGUUCUGGCAGGGAGGCGACAACAAGAUGCGCACGUCGCGGUACACGAGCACGUCCGGGUCGUGGUCGAGCCCGCUGGUCUUCAACAACAUCGACGCCCAGCCGGGGACGCCGAUCGCGGCGACCAUCUACCUGAACUUCCCGCAGUUCGAGGUCUUCUACCUCGACUCGUCGGCGCGGUUCCGGGGGCUCAACUUCGGCGAGGACGAGCGAGUGCCGAAGCCCGACAGCGUUAACGACGUGCUGGCGGACUACACGGUCGAGAAUGACACCAAGAUAGCCGCCUACUGGCCCUACGUUGUGCUCCAGGCCAGGAACAGCACCUUCCGCCGCUACGUCUACGGCCCUGGCGUCGGCUGGUUCAACGACACCGUCCAGGGCUGGUUCAACCCCGAGGUCGUUCCCCAGGGCGACCCGAACACCGGCGUCGCCGUCGUGCCCAUCGUCAGGGACUUCCAACAGCCGUACGCGGCGGGCCUCGCGUACCGCGACAGGACGGGGCACCUAGCCCUCUUUCCGUUUGGCGGCAUCGACACGGGCGUGGCAUGGUACUCAGGCACACCCGACGUCGAGAUCCCAGCCAAGACGGCGAUCGCGGGGCUGGCGGUGACGCGGAGAAACUCGAACAUCACGAACACGCACAUCCUAUACCAGGACGCGGCGCGCAGGAUCCAGACGGUAUGGCAGGGCGACGACAACCAGUGGCAGGGCCCCGAGCAGGUAGGCCAGGCGGACGCGGGCACGGACAUCGCGUGCCUGACGGAGCAGGCGGGCGACGAGCCGAGGCUGGUAUCGGUGUCGGACCAGAUCGACAUGAGCCGCUGCUAUUACCAGCUCAACGGCUUCAUCGUCGAGAAGCGGCUGACGGUCACCGGGUGGAUAGACGGGGACCGGAUACCAGUAGAAUGAUGGGUCUAUACAGUAAUUAUUAUCGAUAUUAUUAUUGUCAUUACGAUUAUUAUUACUUUUAUUAUUUUUAUUAUUCUCGUUUUCUUAGAGAAGUGGUAGCGAUUCCUG